CGCCCCGCGCGCCUCCGCACCCGGAAGCACUUUCCCUCCGACGUCAGCAGCCGGCGUGUGACUGCCGGUGGCGGUCUGGCCUGCCCCCCCCCCCCCGGGCCGUGCAUGGUCUAUCGCGGCCUGCUGCUGGUAGCGGCUCGCCUCAGCCCUCGCGCUCGCUGCCUCCGAACCGCCGCCGCUCUGCGCCGCCGCCUCCUCCUCAUGAAGCCGCUGGUUGUGUUCGUCCUGGGCGGGCCCGGGGCUGGCAAGGGGACCCAAUGCGCCCGCAUCGUGGAGAAAUAUGGGUACACCCACCUUUCUGCAGGCGAUCUCCUUCGACAUGAACGAAAAAGACCAGGCUCUCAGUAUGGAGAACUAAUUGAAAAAUAUAUUCAAGAGGGAGCAAUUGUACCAGUUGAGAUUACUAUCAGCUUGUUGAAGAGGGCUAUGGAUCAAACAAUGGCUGCAAAUGUCCAAAAGUACAAAUUCUUGAUUGAUGGAUUCCCGAGAAAUGAAGACAAUCUUCAAGGUUGGAAUAAGACUAUGGAUGGAAAAGCAGACGUGUCUUUUGUUCUGUUUUUCGACUGUGACAACGAGAUAUGUAUUGGCCGCUGCCUUGAAAGAGGAAAGAGCAGUGGUAGGAGUGAUGACAACCGAGAGAGUCUAGAAAAGAGACUUCACACAUACCUGCAGUCAACUAAGCCCAUAAUAGACCAAUAUGAGAAAAUGGGAAAAGUCAGGAAAGUGGAUGCCUCUAAAUCUGUUGAUGAACUGCCUUCUCACAGGAAGAUAGGAGGGCUAGAGAGGGCUCCAUGUAGUAAGUCAACUGGGGUUAUGAUGUGCUUCCUGUUCACCCUGGGGCUGAAUGCAUUGCAUUACAAUGGUAUUAACCUUUGCACGUUCACGUCCAAGGAACCAAGCUCUAGUUCUCAACACUGAGACCCAGUGAAACAAGGUUUUUGGCAAGGUUGUGAACAUUUUUGACAAAGAAGGCUAGUUCCAUUCUUGAAAGUUCUCUUGAAACUGUGCUUGAAUCUUGCUUUAAUAGCUGCUACUAAAUUCAACACUUUUGUAAUCUUUUAAAGGUUUUUUUUUAAAUAUUUCUUGUAUUCACAGAUAGUUGGAAAAGCAAUUAAUUAAUUGAAAAUUAAAUUGUUUUUAAAUAGGAAUGGAUUCAUUUAUUGUGGCUAUAGUAGACAAUAAAUUUCAGGAUUCUUUUCUAACUUAGUUCAGUUACUUACAAAAUAAAGAUAGUAGUCAAAAUCGAUCUGGAGAGACUAUCAAUCCUUUUACAAUUUGUGCCAUUCAUGGGCAGCCUUUCUUAUUCCUUAUUGCCAUAAAUCUGUUUUUAAGAGUCCAUAAAUAGCAAUGCUCAGUGGCAGAGCCUACAUAUCCUUUUUUUUUUUUUUUUUUUAAAAAACAAAACUCUCAGCCUGUUUUUGGACCAAACUUGGGAAAGUUUUUCCAAGUAAAAUUUUAUGCAAUUGAUAGUCUUUUUAUCCCACAGCUAAAUUCUGUAAGCAGAACUGUAAAAGUAGCAUGUGCAUUUGUUUUAGAACUUCUCGUCUAACUAAUUUUAAUACAGUGUGAAGCUGUUAAGCAAUAGAUGUACAAAGUGCUUUGGUAAAGUGCUACUCUCUUAGGACUCUGGGUGCAUAGCAUGUGUUGUAACUUAUUGAGUACUUAGAGAAAAUGUACCCCCUUUGCGUAGUUCUCCUGUGCAAGGGGUUAAGAAUAGAACUGCAGAGUUAGUUUAGUGUCUGUGCACUCAUUUUGUGAUGGUAAUUAUGCUCUUAAGUACAAUGAAGUCAUUAGACAGUAACAAACCUCCAAGCAGAUGUGUAGUAAAACUAUUCUUUUAACAGUUCUGUUUUUGUAACAAAUGAGAGGGCAUUUCUGUAUUAUUGAUUAUUGUAUUGUUGAAUACUUUAAGGUUUGUUACAUAGGGAAAGAGAUCUUUAUGGUUAAACUUGUAGUUUCCCUAAAAUUGUAUAAUUUUAAUAGUUUGUUUUAAAAAGUUUUUUUAAUUAUUGCACUUCGUUUGACCAGUUUGAAUUUUUUUUAAAUGUUUCAUACCCUUAAACAAAUUAGUUCAUGCUUUAUGGCAUUAUCUUGCAUUAGUGCAGUGCAGUUGUCAGCAGUAAUAGUUGGAAUUAACAAGUGACUGGUUGAAACAAGCCAUCCUGUAUUUAAGUACUGUACAGUUGUGAUAUAGUUAUGACUUUCUUUUGUUAAAUACCAUUUUUUCCAAAAGCUUUAAUGCUCCUAGACCUAUAGGGGUCCAAUCCUGCAUUCCUCAUGUCCCAAAACUUUCAUUAAAGGACAUCCAGAAACCUGAGGAUGGGUAUUUUAACUUUUUUUUAGCAUUGUCCAUUAAAGUUAUUUUUGCUACAUCAGCUGCUGCUAUAAUUGGAUAUGAUACUCUAACAGAUGUUGUGAUGUAUAGGGAAAAAUGGUCUUGAAUUUUUAGGCUUCAGCUCGUCUUUAAAUCCUACUUGGGGAAGUCACAAGUGAGUUAAUAAUAGUUUUUGAUUUUUUUAAUUACAACUACUUUGGUCCUGAUCCUGCACUCCGUCUGCUCAGGCCAACUCUUGCAUGAAGCUCUGUUUACUUUGUUGAGGCUUAUAAGACUGCGAGUUCAGAGUUUUUAAUAUGCAAUGGAACAUAGCCACUGCUAAAAGAGAUUUUUUUUCCCAAUACAUUGGAUGUUUAAAGUCAGACUAUUGAGCACAAAUAAUAUAAAGCUUAGUAACACAGAAAACAUGGACCAUGCCUUGUUCCUGAGAAUUUGGAAGAUUUUCACAAAAUCCUUUAAAUGCUUUCACCUGAUUAAUUCCCCCCCUUUUCAAAACUACUGAAACUCUGUUUUCCAUGUCUAAAUGUGCUGACCUAAGACAGGAUGAAAUGGAACUACAGUUCUGAUAUAAAAGCUGAAAUCAAGACUCAAACACUUUUGUAGGCAGAUUGAAGAAAUCUGUCUGAAUAUGUAAAUAUUUAUUUUGGUGGUGUUCUAAUAAUAUUGGCUUUUAAGAGUUCUGAUAAGAAUAGAUACUGUUUUCUCUCAUCAUAUACCUUACUAUGUAUUUAAGAGCUGAAGCCAAAUAAGUAGCAGUUACUUAGGAAUAAGUUUUAAAAAACACUGUUUUAAAAACAAAAAAUGUUGGCAAUAUUGAAUUUGGAGUAAAUUGUGCAUUGUCUGUACAAUUUGAGUAAUUUUGUCCUUCUGUUUAUUGAAGAUGCCAUUAAUGUGGCACUUGGUUUUAUUCAAGAUGAGACAUAAUUGAAAUUAAAUUCAAUAAAAAAAUAGAA